UAAUUCAAAAUCAAAUAAUAAAAUUCAUUUGAAUGCCUUCUCGAUUAGUACGUGGCCUUUAGAUUUCGUAACAAUCUUAGAUUUCGUCACUCAAACUUCACAACCUUUACAUAAUAAAAUUCUAUAAAAAAACCUUUAAAUAAUAAAGUCACACCAAAGAUAAUUUUAAUACGAUUUGGGCUUCAUCAUUUAACUACGAUUUGGGUCAAAUAUAAUCAGGACUUAUCCAAUUCCAAUUCCAAGUGCAACCCUUGGACUUUAGAGUUGCCUUUACAAAUGCUAUCUCUGCACAAGUUUCUUCAAAAAACCCCAAAAUGUUCCCCAUUUCUGCGCGCUUUGUGUACCGCAAGCUCGUCCGUCGCCCGCAAACCGCCGGAGACACUGAGCAUGGCGAGAUAUGACCACCUCAUCAACAGCGCCGGCCGGAGUGGAGACUUCGACGGUGUCAAACGCCUCCUUGAGAAGCGAGGAAAAGAUGGCUUGUUCAACACCAACUACACCUUCAAGUUCGUCACUCAUGACAUCUCCAUGCUUGACGAGCUCCUAGUGGCCCUUUCUCGCAUAAACCAGCGAUUCGCUAGGAAGAGCGCGCACGACUGCCUCGUCGCCCGCCUCUCAAAGCUCCGGCACAUGCCCCAGGCCUUGCGCGUGGCCGAGAUCGUAGUGCGAAACGGGUACGGCUCGGACGCAAUCACUUUCCACCCUAUUCUCAAGGAGCACAUCAAGAGGGGAGACUUCGAGGAGGCCUGGCGCGUGGUGGAGGUGAUGAAGGACUUGAAUGUCCGACCGGAUCUCACGGCCUACAACUACUUUCUCACCGGACAUUGCUGCGCCGGAGAUCUGGACACCGCGGCCGGAAUUCUAACAAAAUUGGAAGAGGAGAAGCUGGGGUCGGACACUAGGACGUACGACGCGCUGGUUUUAGGCGCGUGCAGGGCAGCCAGAAUAGAUGUGGCGCUGAAGGUACUGAGAAGAAUGGAUGAGGAGGGGAUGCCGCCGUUGUAUUCAACUCAUGCCCAUGUUAUCGGGUCGAUGGUGCGGCUGGGCUUCCACGCGCAGGCCCUGGAGUUUGUCAAGGUCUACGCAGGGAGGGAUGCGAAACUGGAUUACGAGAAUUUCGGGACAUUGGCUAUGAAGCUGAUUCGUGGGAGGAGAUAUGAAUAUGUGAAGGUAGUUUUGAAGGAGAUGAAGGAAAGAGGCAUAGAAAUGGGAGAUAAAUUGAAGGAGUUCUGUGAUUGGGAUGCCAUAGCUGAACUGCCUGAACAUGAUGCUACUGGUCCACUGCAAUAGUUAGGGCAAAAACCAGAACUCUCAACUCAAAAUAAAUAGGCAUAGCAAAAGGAAAAAAGUGGAGAACAGACCAAAAAAAGCGGGGCUGAUCCGUGGAGAAGAAACUCACGAGCAGAAUAGCUAGAAAAGGAGAAGGAUCGCAACCACGGAAACUUCGGUUUACCCCUCUUUAUCCUCUUUCGAUUUGUAUCUUUAAGGUUUUAUGCUAUUAUAAUCAUGUUUAUUUCAGCUCACGAACUUGUUCUUUUACUUCAUUAGUUUCAAAUAUCUCUCAAGUUAUCUCUCAAGUUGGAAAAAAGUGGAGAACAGACCAAAAAAAGUGGGGCUGAUCCGUGGAGAAGAAACUCUCGAAUAUUGAAUUAAAUUUAGGAAGUUUCUCCAAUUUUUAGGACUAGUUGUUUGAGAUGAAAUUGAAAGAGUAAUUUGUGAAAGUGAUCACUUCACUUGUGAAUGUUUGGAAAAUUAAUUCGUGCUUGUCUAUGAGUGUAGAAUUAAUUUAGCUCACAUCUCACACACCCUAAACUAAGUCUAGAAAUAAGUUUAAAAGUACCUUAGUUUGGGAAAUAAGUUUGAAAAACACCCCUCCAUGGGAAAAAACUCGGACAUGUUAGGGGAAUUAAAAUCAAGUUCUUGUCUAUGAGAAUUAAUGUCACUAUUCUUAGAUUGGAGAAAUUAUUCCUUUUUUUUGUUCAUAAUCCAAAGACACCCAAGAUCCUUAAUUCCAAAUCUAGAUCCCACUUUUAAUUAGUUAAUUUUUCGUUAUUAGUCACAUUAAAUUUACCUUUUAAGUAUUUUAUUUUUGAAACUUUACUCAUCCACAUGUUUGCUAGUUUAAUAUUUUUUAAUAGUUAAUAUUCUCUCUCAAGUUAUUUUGCAUGUUCACUAGUUUUAGUUUACUCAUUAAUGCCGUUUAAUUAAAUUCUUCAUUACUACUUUUGUUGUUUAUUUUUAUUUGCUUAAUUAUUAUAACAAUUAAUCGUUUGAGAAAGCUUGCAACGACUCGUACUAACCAGUGACCGAUAUUGAAACCAACAUUUCCCUCCGCCACUUCUCAGAGACACGAUACUCGGGGAUAAACUUUUCCAUACGGAAGGGUUAAACUCCGUUUUACUACAACGCCGCGAAAGCGGGUCAUCAAACUGCUAAAUAGUCCGUGUCCUAAUUCCCAAAUGGACACCUUAGUACCUCACUAACAUUUUUUGCUUGAAGUUCUUCAUUUGGAACCAACCUCUCCAAACAUUCAUAAAACCCACUCACCACUUCAGCUAAAUUUAUGGUAGAAGAUACUUGUGACUCACCUGGAAAUCGAAAAAAAUCCGGAUUCAAGAAAAAAGCAGCUGCGUGCAACGACUGACGAAGUUGAGAAGUCCAUCUCGUGUCUAUUAUGUCAAACACUUUCUUGUACUUGGAUUGGUUGUUGUUGAAGGCUUUGGCUAUUGCUGCUUUUGUCAAUUCCAUUGCAGGAUAGACAUAUCCCAUAGCCGGCUUCACUCCUCCAACUUUCAGUGCCUCAUGAAGUGUGUUCUAAAAGGACGACAUCUGGACAAUUCUACCACACUCCUUUGCAGCCUCUUCUUUGGAAUAGUUGCUCGUUAGGAACUCCUCACAAUUGAAAAGCGUAAUCAACUUAUUGUUGUGCUCCUUUAACCUCUUGAAUGUCAAGAAAGCUGUGGCAAAUCUUGUCUUAGCAAACUUCACCAACUCUCUCUUCCCGGUGAAUUUCCUAAACAAGUUCAGCAAUUUUGUUUUUGAAUGGAUGUAGAUCGACAAUUUCAGAGCUCUUUUAUAGGUUGUCUGAAAGUGCUUAAGCUCAAAUAUGUCUUUGAACAUCAAAUUGAUGCAAUGAGCAGCACACAACAUCCAAUAAUUUGUCGGGUACUUCUCCAUUAAAUCCUUGCCUAAACGAUAAAAAAAUGAAAAGAAUAAUUAAUUUUACCUAAAUUAUAUAUUAGAGAUUAUGAGUUUAAGUAUAAAAUAAACUUACCAGCUUUGACAUUUUCAGAAGCGUUGUCUGAUAUAAUUUGAACAACAUUUUCCCCUCCAACUCUAUUCACAAAGAGUUCAAAGAGCUCAAGCAUCUUCUCUCUAUUCACAAUGUCCAAGCUUACUUCAACUGAUUGGAUAAAAUAAGACCCAAGUGAACAAUUAACUAACACAUUGAUAUAAGCGUGAUUCCUUCUAUCAGUCCACUUAUCCAUCAUCAAUGAACAACCAUAUUGCUUGCAAUUAUCCUCAUGUGGUUUUAAAAGCUCCUUCACAUGCUUUACUUCCUUUUUAAGAUAUGGCACUCGAACUUCAUGAUAAGUAGGAGCUUUCAUCCUGGGUCCAUGUUGCGCGACAACAUCAAUGAAACUUUGUAAUGUCUUGUAAUUGACAUAGUUAAAGGGCAAUCCAGCUUCAUACAUCCAUCGUGCAAAUGCACCAACAACCAUUUCCCUUAACUCUUUCUUGCAAGAUGCUAGAGUUACUUCUGCCCUUCUUGCCCUCUUCAAAGUUCCAUGUUCUUUUGAAAGCGUUUUGAAAUACAAAUUCAUGGGCCCUUUGGUUGAUGAUGCUUUGCUCAUAGCAUCUCCAAGCUCCAGCUCUUCAACAUCAUCAUCAUAAUCAUGGGUGGAAAAGUUCUCUCUCAUAUCUUCUUUUCUUUUACUUUUGUUAUCAAGAAGCUCCUUCACGACAACUCUAACUUCUUGUGGACACUUAGGACAUGCCUUAACACAUUUAAAGCCACCGGCAAGAUGUUGUUUGUGACGAUAUAUACCCCCAAUUGUGAUUUUAUCACAAUAUUUGCAUCGCACACGUGUGUAAUCGUUUGGCGUGACCCUUAACCCAUGCUCCCAUGCAGGAUCCUGACUUUUAGAUUGUUCUCCAGACAUUUUUGUCUACAAUUCUACAUAUACAUGUUUCACAAAAACAUAGGCUCUUUUAGUUUGCCAAAAAAGAUACAGGAUGUUUUGGAAGCUUAUUAUACAAAUAGAUUACAGAGUAAGAUAGAAACAGAGUAAAGUGAGAUGUGGAAGUCAGGGCUCCAACUACAAUCACAGAGUAAACUGUAAAAUUAAAGAACGAUGAUGAAAUAGAACCUGCGCAGCACCGACGAGAAAGUUUGGGAGAACUCUUCUUCAUCUACGAGUCACGACUUGGAAACAACGGUCACCUGAGAGAACUCCUCUUCACCUGCGAUUUCUUCAGCUAUGUCUGGAGUGCGGCUAUGUCUGGAGUGAGAAAGAGUCGACCAACUCUUACGUGAUAACUCUAACUUGUAGCGUCGAGACGAGAAGACCAAUUUUUUUUUUUUAAGUUGACCGGUCAAUUUAAUGCUUUUUGUGAGAAUCCAUGAAAAGCGAUCGCUUUUCAUUAACCGAGCUCAAGCAAAAGCGUCGGAAAAGCUUCGCUUUCUCAUGGCGCUGCACUUCUCAAAAGCCAGGCGCAGGUUUAGCGCUCGCCUGCGCGUUGUCGCUUUUAGGCGCUUUUUACCGCUUUUAACAAGUUUGGUCUUAACGGUAGUUAAUAAAAGCCUUCAAGAGGUGGCGACUUACUAAGCUACUUCAGGACACAUAGUACAUGCCUUUAACACAUCUAAAACCACCGGCAAGAUGUUGUUUGUGACCAGUGGCGGACCCACUAAGGGUCCCACGGUGUCCCGGGACCCCAUGGACCUCCAAAAAAAUACCUAUAUAUAUUUGUAUAUAUUUUAUAUAAAAUUAAGUAAUCAGUGUAUUUAUACAAUCGAAACUGGUUUAGAACACAAAUACCGAGCUAGAGCAAUGGUUGGACAUUCAAUCUUAGAGUUUUACACGUGUAGAGGUCCAAGGAUCAAUUCCCCCUGGCAUCCACCUUUUUGAAAAUAAAAUUAUGGAACAACCUGCCCACCUAUUGUUUAUCAUGCACCUCUAUUGCCCAAUUUUUUUCAUAAGAAAUACUACUACUAUAAACCAGUAUGUAUCCUCAAAUUUCAGCUUAUCUUUUUUAUAAACUAAUUUCAUCAUGAAACACGUAAUUCUUGAAUUCACGCACUGAAUUUGUAAUAAUUAAAAUAAGAAAGUUAAAAACAUUUUUUUGGCGAGAUGACUGAAGUUACCGUAGAGCAUCAUCUUAGCCACUUUUUCAUAUGACUUUUUUCAUAUCUUAUAACAUAUAAUUUAAAUAUUAUUCUUUCCUAAUAUAGCAGAUUUAAUCGCUUGAGCCAUAAUCGCAUAAUUUGACUUGAUGUGGUUUGAUCUAAGACUAAAAUCAAUCCAAUAACAAAGUCCUUAAAGUUACACAAAUAAAUUGGUAAUUGUAUUAAAUUAAAAUAGAAACAAGCUAAUGAAUAUAUAUUAAAUAAAAAUCCAAAUAGAAUAAUGCGAAGUAAUUGGAUCGGAAUUUUCAAAUGUAGGCUUUUUUGAAUUUGAUUUCUCAUAUGCAUGCCCAUUUUUUUAGUUGAUAGAGGACAUUAACUUUAUAAAAUUUUAGUGCCCGUUUAGUGACUCUAUUUUUCGGCUUAUCAGGCUUAUCAACAGACUUUUUAACCAAAUAUGUAACUUUUGAUUUUGCGCGCUGAAUUGUGUAAUAAUAAGAAAAAUAAAGUUGAAGUUACUUUUCAGGCUGUAUUGACUGAAGUUGUUGUACAUACCAUUUUAUCUAUUUUUCAUAUCAUUUCUUCUUUAUUUUAUUAAUAUAAUAUAUUUUAAAUUAUUUUUUUCAUAAUCAGCAGAAACAGCCAAUACAGUCACUUCAGUCAGAACUUCAUAAAUUUAAGUAGAAUCAGCCGAUUCAGCCGAUUUCAGUGUUACCAAACGAGCUCUAGUUGAUAGUGGACAUUUCUUUAAAAUUUUGGAAUAUCUUUAAAAUUGUUGUAUAUGUUAAAUAUGAAACGUUAUGCUAUUUUAAUAUUUUACUUCUUCUUUUUAUUAAUUUUUUAUUAAUUCGAGUUACAUUACUAAAAGGACCCCGUGAUUCUGAGUUUCUGGGUUCGCCACUGUUUGUGACGAUAUAUGCAUUGCACACGUGUGUAAUCGUUUGGCGUGACCCUUAAUCAUGCUCCCAUGCAGGAUCCUGACUUAAUACAUGAUUCACAAAUUUAUAAUCAAGCAAGUGCAAAAAGAGCAAUUGAGACUUGCACAAUAACAUGGAAUAUUUUAUAGAUAAUAGAUCAUAUAUUAGUAUGAAUUAGGAGUAUUUUAUAGAUAAUAUAUCAUAUAUUAGUAUGAAUUAGACAAAUUAGAAUGAGAAAUUACUUUUUGUGGAUGAAAGUUUCAACAGAUUCCAACUACAAGUUGCCAACCCCAUUUACUUCAUUAUUUAGUUAUUGUCUCUCUCCUCUCAAAUUAAAAAAACUAAGCCUGAAACAGAUAGAAGGUGGAUGAUGUUCUCUGUAAUAAGGAAAGGCAUCAAACUAAAAAAGAGAGUAUGAGUGAGCUGUGAGGGACGAUGUUCAGACUCGGAAGAAACUAUGGAUGAAAGACAACAACCUGCAGCUCACCAGCAUUAGGGCAAUUUCUACCCGAAGGGAAGUCUGGGCGUUUGGGCGAACUCCGUGACCAUUUCUUCGCGUGUGGCUUCUUCACCUCCUACUUCUUCAAUCUUCACCUAUGGCUGUGUGCGGAGUGUCUAAAGUGUCGACAACUCUCAUAACUCUAACUUCUAGUGAAAAGCAAACAAAGCUAAAACUUAAAAAUAUGUGGAGGAAGCAAGUUGUACCACGUAAGAGCUGGUUUAUGUUGGUUAAAGUUGCAAACUUAACAAGAUGUAUCACGGAGGCGGCAAAUAGAACAUGUAAAGGAGAUAUUUAAGCCAAAUGAGGAUAUUUGCAGGCAAUACAUUUGUUUAAUGAUGAUGAAUAACUGGACUUGAGCUCUUUGCACUCUUUGUUAAUAAAGUUGGAGGAGAAAAAAUUGUUCAAAUUAGAUCUGACAAUGCUUCUGAAAAUGUCAAAGCUGACAAUCUACAAAAUUGCUGAACUUGUAUAGAAAAAUCACUGGGAAGAGAGGCUUGGUGAAGUUUGCUAAGAUAAGAUUUGACACAAGUUUCUUGACAUUCAAAAGGUUGAAAGAGCACAAGAAUAAGUUGAUCAAACUUUUCAACUAUGAGGAGUGUAGUAGAAUUGUCGAUAUGCCAUCCUUUUGGAAUAAACUUCAAGAGGCUCUUAAGGUUGUUGGACCACUUAUGUCAACGUUUCGAAUGGUUGAUGGUGAUGUGAAGCCGGCUAUGGGAUGUCUAUCUUGUAAUGGAGUUGACACAAGUAGCCAUAACCUUCAACAACAACCAAUCCAAGUACAAGAAAGUGUUUGACAUCAUAGACAUGAGAUGGACUUCUCAACUCUGUCAGCCAUUACAUGCAGCUGCUUUCUUCUUCAAUCUAGAUUCCUUUCGAUUUUCAGAUGAGUCACAAGUAUCUCCUACCAUAAAUUCAGUUUAGGUGGUGAGUGAUUUUUAUGAUUGUUUGGAGAGAUUGAUUCCAAAUGAAGAACUUCAAAGAAAAAAUGUUAAGGAGUGUCCAUUUGGGAAUUAUGACGCGGACUAUUUAGCACUUCAUUUGCAAGAAACAACGAAGCGUUAAGCCCCCAGACAUGGCAAAUGAAUGGUUGGCCGGUGCAAUUGAUGAUGUAAAUGAAGGGAUGGUCUUUGAUGAUGGAGAUAAUUUGACCUGGGGAGAUGUUGAGAAGUUUUCUGGUGUACAUAAUACGCCAUAUUCUCUUACACACAAUUCUAAAGGGAAAGAUAAAGCAGAAAGUUCAAAGUCCAAGGGAAAAUAAAAAGCCUCAACAGCCCCCACGGCCUCCACUCGUAGACUUGUUGAUGAAGAUGAGGAAGAUGUUGGAGUCUAUGAUGAUAGUGAGGACUUUGAUACUUUGUUAUGGAUGAAGAAGGUCACUUUGACGAUGAGGAGGAUGAAAUGAUGGAGUGAUUAAGAUUCUUAUGAUCGUUUUUAAUGAAACUAUGACAUUGUGUGAUUGAUGUUUUUAUCUUUAUGCUGCAUUAGUAUUACUCUUAUGACAUUUAUGAUUAGUUAUGUGUUUUUGCAUAAUUGUGUGGUGAAUGUUUUCUCACUCUAUGGUGCACUAGUAUUAUUCUUAAU